AGUUAAUUAACGUCUCCGCGAGGAUUUAAUUACCUGUAAAGCAGCAAAGACGCUUGAUUCAUUUUCUCGUUACACGAGAUUCCCCUUCGCGUUUGCACGACAAUGUCGUGAAGCUCGAGUCUUUUUUUCCUCAGGUUUUGUUCUCUGGAUCGAAUCGGCCUGAAGGAGAAGUUCUAAUGACGCGGGAUCGGCGGGAGGGCGUGGAGAUCAAGGUGGUUAACCCGCCGCCGCACAACCCGUCCGUACAACCGCCGUCUACGGCGGCGCGUAGCCGGAGGAAGCACUCGCCGUUCUCAGAGUUCAGAACGUUCAAGCUGUGGUUUCCGUGGCUCGUGCCGGCGUUCGUGGUGGCUAACAUUGCACUGUUCGUCAUCGCCAUGUACAUUAACAAUUGCCCCAGGAAUUCGCCGAAUUGCUUCGCUAGGGUUUUGGGGAGGUUCGCUUUUCAACCCAUGAAGGAAAAUCCUCUUCUGGGUCCUUCUUCUUUAACAUUGGAGAAAAUGGGCGCCUUAGAGGUUUCCAUGGUUGUCCAAAAGCACCAAGUCUGGCGUUUAUUCACUUGCAUAUGGCUGCAUGCUGGAGUUUUCCACGUACUUGCCAAUAUGCUGAGCCUUCUCUUCAUUGGAAUUCGACUUGAACAAGAAUUUGGAUUUGUACGCAUUGGAUUGCUCUACAUCAUCUCUGGUUUUGGUGGAAGUUUGUUGUCUUCUCUCUUUAACCGGACGGGUAUCUCUGUUGGUGCCUCUGGAGCACUUUUUGGCUUGCUUGGCGCUAUGCUUUCUGAGCUCCUCACAAAUUGGACUAUAUACGCCAAUAAGUUUGCAGCUCUUCUGACUCUCAUCUUCAUCAUAGCAGUAAAUUUAGCUGUGGGUAUCCUUCCCCACGUAGACAACUUUGCGCAUCUCGGAGGAUUCACUUCCGGUUUUCUCCUAGGGUUUGUGUUCUUGAUCCGUCCUCAGUAUGGAUACUUCAACCAGAAGAGUGCAUCCAGAGGAAAUGCCGCAUCGUCUGCUAAGUCCAAACACAAGACGUACCAAUAUGUUCUUUGGGUCAUGUCUUUAGUACUUUUGAUAGCCGGAUACACUGGCGGGCUGGUAGUGCUACUUCGGGGGACGGAUCUGAACAAUCAUUGUUCAUGGUGCCAUUACCUCACCUGUAUUCCCACGUCGUUGUGGAGCUGCAAAACCCAAGAAGUGUACUGCGAGUCGAGACAGAGGGGGAACAGUAUGAGCAUGACGUGCAUGGCUAAUGGCAGGGAGGGGGCGGACACUCUCUCAGUUAUGCAGCUGACGACACACACACCUAUUCAUGUAAUUCCUCCCCAUUAG